AAGACUGGUGUCAGCUGAGCAAGGUCCAUGAAAAUUUCAACAACAUAUUUGGAUGUACACACAUCGGAUUCGUAAUUGUUCAUUUUUAAGUCAGCGUUGUGCACGACACUGGUGGUGAGGAAGAUACUAAAAGCUGCGAGGGACGUGUAGCAGAUGAAGACGUGCCUCGCACACUUCUUCCAAGACUUUUGGCAAUUGCUAGAUAUUUUUUUUCUUUAAAAUGUCAAGACUUCCUCCAUCACGGUCCGUUCAAUACAAGCAGAGCCGCUCAUUUGGAAGGAUGCUGGAUCGCAGCCUUUCUAAUCUAAAGGUCCGGUCCUAUAAAUUGUGACAAAGGCUGUCAGCAUUGAAAUAAGUAAUCGAUAUUCAAGAAUGCGUGGAGAUAUUCUUUUAGAAUCUUAACGAUCAUUGCCCCUUCUAUUCCCCACUGUGCGUCUAGGGCUUUCUUUUGAGGUGAGUGGUCCAGUAUACUUGCAGUUUCAGCAGGAACAUUGCUGAUAGUGACAGAUUAUUAUUGUUGAGGGUCCAUGCGAGACUUUGGGUGAAAACAUGUCUAGCCACUUCUCUGUGAGGAUCACUGCUAUCAGAGAUGGCAUUUUGGUCCAGCACUUCAGUUUUUACCUCUAAAGUGCCACGGAAGAUCCUAUUCAUGUUUACUCUCUCCAUCUCUGUCACCUACCUGUUCUAUAGCUUGAUGAGCUGCUACAACUCGUUACAGUUCCCCCUGCAAGACAACUACGUAUACCAAGCAAGACUUGUGACAGAGGAGACAACUUUCGUAGCAUUCAGGGAGAAACUUUAUUCCGCCACAUCCCAGGGUUAUUUUGGUGAGGAACUGGUAGAAAGGACCGCCACAGAGCAGACGGCCGCAGGAUAUGCCGUCUCUACCCUCGACCAGCCGGAUAAUGUGGCUAGCGAACAGAGGGCAACGCAAUGGGUCAGAACACAGCUUGCUCCGACUGAAAUGAUCGCAGGUGCUCAGAAUGCAGUUUUUGAGAGAGAGCACCAGGAAUCCAGCACCACGGACGACGAGCUCAACAGAAGGGGGAAUAGCACCCCGGAUUAUGGGGAGAAAAAAUUGCCACAGGCCAUCAUAAUUGGGGUGAAGAAAGGGGGGACCAGGGCUCUUUUGGAGGCUUUAAGGGUUCACCCCGACGUCAGAGCUGUAGGGGUUGAGCCACAUUUCUUUGACAGGAACUACGAGAAAGGACUCGAUUGGUACAGGGACUUGAUGCCGUCAACCCUGGAAGGCCAGAUUACCAUGGAGAAGACGCCCAGUUACUUUGUGACCCAUGAUGCCCCCAAACGCAUCCACUCCAUGGCUAGAGACACCAAACUAAUCAUUGUGGUCCGCAACCCUGUAACCAGAGCAAUUUCUGACUAUACUCAGACUCUCUCCAAAAGACCUGAGAUACCCACAUUUGAGGUUCUGGCCUUCAAGAACAGGACCCUGGGUUUGAUCGAUGCCUCUUGGAGUGCACUGCGGAUUGGGAUAUAUGCACUGCACCUGGAGAGCUGGAUGCAGUAUUUCCCGCUUUCACAGAUACACUUUGUCAGUGGAGAGAGGCUUAUCAUUGAUCCAGCUGGAGAGAUGGCCAAAGUGCAAGACUUUCUUGGACUCAAGCGUAUUGUCACAGAUAAACACUUCUAUUUCAAUAAAACCAAGGGGUUUCCCUGCCUGAAGAAGCCAGAGGACAGCAGCACCCCACGAUGCCUUGGGAAGUCCAAAGGCAGAACUCAUCCCAAAAUAGACCCUGAUGUGAUACGCAGGUUACACAAAUUUUACAAGCCCUUUAACAUGAUGUUUUACCAAAUGACAGGGCAGAACUUCCAGUGGGAACAGGAAGAGAAGCAGUGACUCCCACAGCCCUCUCACAGGCCUGCCAGACUACCGCAGGGCAGAGAGACUUGUCCCAAUUCCGUGUAGCAGAAAGUCCCAUCCUACAUCAUUACUGAAAGGCCACAAACACCAGUCAAUCACCCCUUUCUUUGCAAAGUGUUUGCAUCUACAGCAAGAGUUUGCAGAUUUCUUGAUAGUAGUAGGGGUGGUGGUGGCAAUCACUGUUGUAUAUAUUAUACAUAUAGAUAUAGUUUUAUUUGUACAAAAAAAAGAGUGAGAUGACUUUAUUUCUUUUCGAAUCAAAGAUAUACUAUACAAAUCAAGGCAAACAACCUGCAACAAUUCAUGCUAAGUGUCCUUAAUAUGUGAUUUGCUUCUUGAAUAUUGUUGAGUAAAGAAUGCAUCUUCCUGAGUUUGCUAUACAUUAGAAUGACAAUGGUGGGGUAAAUACUACCGUUUUGUCUUUUUUUCAAACAACCCAUUAGUAUUUGUGUCUUUCAUAUUUGUACUGAAGAACUAGUGAAAGAAGCCAUCCAGAAAGCUUCUCAACCUUCACCUUCAUCUGCGUUAUAUUCGGUGGCAUUAGUCUCUAUCUCUGAAUUCUGCACAAAGUGAGACAAUCGAUAUAGCAUUUUAUUUGUUAAUGGCAGCCACAGUGAUGGUACUUUUUGCGCCUCUGCUCUGCAAUGUUUUCUGGCCAUACAAGAUUGAUUUGGCUUGCUGUUGCCAUGCAUGUCUAUCACUCAGGGGAUGCCAAGUCAGCCUGCUAGUGCUACAAGUAAUCGGAUCAAUCAAGGUAAGCCCUGUGUUGCCCUUGAGAGCCCCUGAAUGCCAGAAACACAACAUUUCACAGCUGUGCUGCACAGUCAACUAUUAGAGGCUUGUGCUGUGGAGUUGUAUAAUUUUCCCUAUUUAUCCCCUAUAACAAGGUCUCAUACUUCAAGAUAAUUCCACCAUUUUAGCAUGGAAUUACUUCUGACUGCAGUAUUACGGAGCUGGAUGGCAGGUAAAUAUGUAUGGAAUGCUGUAAUUCAUACACCAAUCACCCAAUAUGGAUGUAAAUACCCUCAAAUUAAAGCUGACAGUCUGCACUUUAUAUACCCAUUGUUUCAUUUCAAAUCCAAUGUGCUGGAGUAAAAAGCUAAAAAAGCAAAAAAAGUGUCACUGUCCAAAUACUUAUGGACCACACUGUGUAUAUAUACACAAUCAGUGAUCACUUUAUUAGGUAGACCUGUACACCAGCUUGUAUAUGCAAAUAUUUAAUCAGCCAAUAUUGCAGCAGCAACUAAAUGCAUAAAAGCAUGCAGACGUGGUCAAAAGGUUCAAAUGUUUUUCGGACCAAAUGUCAGAAUGGGGAAGAAAUCCAAGUGACUUUGACUGUGGAAUGAUUGUUCCUGCCAGACAGGGGAGAUUGAGUAUCUCUGAGCAUCUCAGAAACUGCUGAUCUCCAGGGAUUUUCACGCACAACAGUCUAUAGAGGUUUCAGAGAAUGGCGUGAAAAACAAAAAACAUGAUGAGAGAAAUCAGAGGAGAAGGGCCAGACUGGUUGAAGCUGACAGGAAGAUGACAGUAAGGCAAAUAACUACGCAUUACAACAGUGGUAUGCAGAAGAGCAUCUGAACACACAAUGCAUCAAACCUCAAAGUGGAUAGGCUACAGCAACAGAAGACGUAAUGAGUCUAAAAAUAAGUUAGAAAAAUUGGUCUAAUAAGUGCUCACUGAGUGUAUAUAUAGUGGGCUCCGUUAUUGGCAUCCUUGAUAAAUAUGCACAAAUAAAUACUGUAAACUAAAUAAACAAUAAUACCACGAUUGACAUGAACUUUAUUUUCCAAUAUAUAGAUUGCUUUUAGAUAUGAUAUAUGAAUGAUACCAGAUCUGAGAAAUAUUGCGAUCUCUUAUGAAACUAUAUUGGGAAAUAAUUAUCCAUAGGCACUCACAUGCCAUAAGAAAUCCAAUCUCAUCACACACAAGAACAUCUCUCUUGAAGCUAAACGUAAGAUGUAUCUUACUCCACAUUAGGGCUCAACGGUAUGGAAUUUUCUAGGUAAUGUUAGGUCAUUUUCCAGGAUUUUGGAAAUAUUCAAUCUCAUGACACCAUACAAAUUUAAGCGCAAAUUGAGGAGGAUUGUCAUGAUUCUCCAGUGAAGAUUAACUGCCUGUGGUUGAAAUAUAUAAAUAGCCCAGUCAAGCAAGUCAAGUUAAAAAUGUAAAAACCUUAUUUUAGUUAAAGGUUUAGCAUAUCUAAUUCAAUGUCUUACAUUGAAGGAAAUAACUAAAAUAUAUCAGGGUUUCCCCAACAUUUUUCAACAUCCUGGUGCUCAAGCUCUGGUGUGUUUGAAGUGGACAUACAUGCAAAGGAGGUGGCGGGUUAUGUAGGAUAUUGUGCUUUUGAACCUUCAGUCAUUUCCUGCGUUCUGGGGGAUUAAAACCACCCAAGAAAGCCUUCAGAGAGUAAGGGUUAAGAACUAGAAACCAUUUAGGCCAGUGAUCAAAGUAAUCUUAAAAAUUCCUGCUACACACAUUGCGUGAUCCCCUUCAUACGAAGGCAAAGCCGAAACUCUGAGGCAGCUACAACAUUGAUUUUAAAAUAACCUCUGUGGAUGUGUUGCAUUAAUAAAGGCAUUUUAAAUAUUUAUAUUAAAGAGGAGUGGCUUGAUUGAUUCAUACUGUAAUGCUUUUUUUGUUAUUAAUCUUAUUAUGUAAUUUUCUCUGAACAGAUAACAAAAAGAACAACAAAAAGGGCAUAGAUUUAUUCAAAUAAACCAAAAAAAAUGUAAGUAAAAUAUUAAUCUUGUUCUUCAAGGUCUAUGACUUAAUAAAAAAAGAAAUAAAAAAAAAUACUAGAAGAAAUAUAAUAAAAUGAAUUAAUAUGAAAAGACUGGGCUUAAUGAGUAACCAGUAGCGGUGUAAUGGCACACAAAAAUCUUUAUUCGGUGUACAUCAAUUUUGACUUUGCGGUUUGGGAAAUAAAAGUACAGUACAGCAAAGAAAUUGAAGCAUAAAACUGUUCCAUAUUUUAUUGAGAUGUAAACAGUGGCUAAGUGGCCAUAAUUUAUUUGCAGAACAAGGUGCAUUAACAGUAAGUCAUUAGAAUGAACUUGCUAAUGACUGAGUGUUCCACACAAAAAAAUGUUAAGUCAUGCACGUGCUUUGAAACAGCCGACAGCCUAGUUGGACCUGGAAGGUUGAUGGUUCAAGCCACAAACCUCAAAAAGAUCAGUUCAGCUGUUGGGUCCUUGAGGAAGGUUCAUAAUUACUGUCAUGUAAUUGUUCGGUUUACAGCAUGUGCCAAACCAUGAGUCCGGUACUGAAGGAAAGAGAUUUGACAAAGUAAGCAGUGAUGCUUCUAUGAUUAGACAUACAUUGCUGCUUCUGCUGCUUCACGGAAGCCACAUCUCUCCCAUGUUUGCUUGUCAGUAGACAGGUGACACAGGCCAUUAUGUUUCUUAUACAGUGGCACACCACCACAGUUACAUUCUUUUGGGAGAGCCCUGCAUAUUUUUACAUUCAUGUUUCCUUAUUUAAUUUGCUUUUUGUUG